CUCGGAACAGUAGACGAUCGAGAGAAUCGCAACGCGUGGGUAGACGAGGGCGAGUGCAGUGUGCAGUGCGUGCGGGUCUUGUGUCGCUGAAAGCUCGCGCCGCGAAGCCUCCGAGAGCGGCGGCAUCGGGCGAGCGCCCGCUUCGCGUCAGUGCCGGCCCGGCCGUGCCGAAAGCACCACGCUCCGGCAACGAUACGAUCUAACUGUUACCUGCUGGACACUGAUUUUUACCUGCCGGCCGUCUAGUGUACGCGAAUAUAUUUAGUGUCAAAGACUGAGGACGGGGUCAGAUGGAUCGGCGGCGCGCGGCGGGGGCGCUGCUAGCGCUGGCCGCAUGCAUCGCGUGCUCGGCUGCGGCUCCUACAGCAAGCAAUCAGACAGCUUUAGAUUUGUAUGAAAAUGCUCCAGAAGGUUGUUUCUACAACUUCCAACAUUAUGGCGAAGGAGACCGUAUUAUGACAAACGAACCAUGCCUAAAUUGUACCUGUCACAACCGAAUGCUGAUGUGCUACCUCAGGGUUUGUCCUUUCACCAAAGCUAUUGGCCAGGACUGCACUGUCGAAAAACGAGAUGAUCAGUGUUGUCCUAUCGUCACAUGCCCUGAUGUUCCAGUUGACCUACUCACAUCUACGUCGACAACGUCUCCAGCUGAAUAUGGAGCAACUGGAAUCGGUAAACAGGAUAAAUACGGUUGCAGUAUUAACGGAAGAUAUUUCCCUGAAGGAUCUAAAGUACCUCCGACCCCGAACAAACCAUGCGAACAUUGCUACUGUAUUCGAAAUAUGACGACUUGCGUUAUGCAAGAAUGUACCCUGCAUGUAGAUGGAUGUACGCCUAUCUACCACAAAGACGUCUGCUGUCCGAUUCGUUAUUCUUGUGAUCACGAGGAUGAGGUGCCGCUUUUGGACGACAUGACUACUACUGUGCGACCGACUCCAGGAUUUUUACUCACAACUACAACUUUGUCACCAGUAACACAGAUGACUCAGGAUUGUGUUCACGAUGAUCAAAUAUUUUCGGAUGGCGCCUUAAUCAAAACAGAGAAAGCAUGUCAACAUUGUUACUGUAUGAAGGGAGACAUAGUUUGUGUCGUACAAGAAUGUGGUGCUCCUAUGGAAAAUGAAGGCAAAAACUGUACAUCUCUACCACCUCGUGAAGGUCAAUGCUGUCCAGAUACAUACAUUUGUGAAGGCGAUGAACUGACUUCUGAUCUACCAAGCGAACCGGCCACAGAUUCAAUGAUAGAAACACUCACAACUCUGUCGCCUCCAAGAAGAACUAAUGUCGAAGGCAGUGGCUACAGAAAUGAACCUGAUGAAGCACCUUACACAGAAAUGACUACCGCAACUGAAUUAGAAGGUAGUGGGGAAGAACCAGAACCAGAAAUUUCAAAACCUCUUGGCCCUAAGGACAUUAUAACAACUCCAGGAGAUGAGGACCAAUACAUUUAUAGCUCAACAAAGGCUCCUAUCGUUGACGAACACGAUAAGACAACACCAGAAAUUAAUAAGAACAUCAUUCCCGAUGAAGGAGAAAAGAUCGACGAACCUCAUAUCUAUGGUCCGACGACAAAUGCUCCUGUGAGUGAAGAGAAGACUACUAGUAAAGUAACGGAAGAAGAAAUUUCUAAACCAUCAACUAAGGUCCCUGAAAUACAAGAAAGUACAACUGAUUUGGGUGAAGAACAAAAUACUGUACCUGAUGUAAUUCCCAAAGAAGAAAUCGGUAAACCACAUGAGCACGUUCUAAUCACAACAAAUGUACCAGGUACGAGUGAAACUGAGGUAGAUGUAGAUAAAGACAGCAAAAUACCCGAAAAGGAAUACACUGAAAGUGAUGCCACAAGAACGACUCCAACUGUAACAGCAGAAAGUGAAAGCCCAAUUCAUGAAGAAAAAGAAAGCUCUAAACCCGAUAAAGUAACAUCUGUUACUACAAGUCGCCCUGAUGAAGAAGUAAAUGAAAGUUCUAGACCUGACGAACAUGUUCCUGGCACAACAAGCAGCCCAGUUGAAGAAGAGAAAGAAAGUUCGAAACCUGACGAAUAUGUUGCUGGCACAACAAGCAGCCCAGUUGAAGAAGAAAAAGAAAGUUCGAAACCUGAUGAAUAUGUUCCUGGCACAACAAGCAGCCCAGUUGAAGAAGAUAAAGAAAGUUCGAAACCUGAUGAAUAUGUUCCUGGCACAACAAGCACCCCAGUUGAAGAAGAGAAAGAAAGUUUAAAACCUGACGAAUAUGUACCUGGCACAACAAGCAGUCCAGUUGAAGAAAAGAAAGAAAGUUCGAAACCUGACGAAUAUGUUCCUGGCACAACAAGCAGUCCAGUUGAAGAAGAUAAAGAAAGUUCUAAACCCGACGAGCAUGCUCCUGAUACAACAAGUAGUCCAGCAGAAGAAGAGAAGGAAAUUUCUAAGCAGGACGAAGUAGUAUCUGGCACUACAGGAAGCUCGAUUGAUGAAGAGAAAGAAAGUUCUAAACCAGACGAGAAGAUUCCUGAAACAACAAGCAGCCCAACUGAAGAAGAUAAAGAAAGUUUGAAACCUGACGAAUAUGUUCCUGGUACCACAAGCAGCCCGGUUGAAGAAGAAAAAGAAAGUUCCAAACCAGACGAGUAUGCCACUGACACAACAAGUACCCCAAGUGCAGAUGAGAAAGAAGUAUAUAAACCAGGUGAUGUAGUAUCUGGCACUACCGGUAGCCCGAUCGAAGAAGAGAAAGAAGUUUCUAAACCCGACGAGUAUAUUCCUGGUACGAUCAGUAGUCCAGCUGAAGAAGAUAAAGAAAGUUCUAAACCUGACGAAUAUGCGCCUGACAGUACAAGCCGUCCAGGUGAAGAAGAGAAAGAAAGUUUUGAACCUGACGAAGUAAUGCCUGGAACUACAAGCAGCCCAGCUGAAGGAAUAAAAGCAAGUUCUAAACCUGAUGAAUUUGUACCAGGCGCUACAAAUAGCCCAGUUGAGGAAGAAAAAGAAAGUGUAAAACCUGACGAAUUUGCACCUGAAAGCACAAGUCACCCAGUUGAUGAAGAGAAAGAAAGUUCGAAACCCGACGAAUAUAUUCCUGGUACAACAAGCAGUCCAGUGGAAGAAGAGAAGGAAAUUUCUAAGCCUGACGAAGUAGUAUAUGGCACUACAGAAAGCUCAAUUGAAGAAGAAAAAGAAAGUUCUAUACCAGACGAGAAGGUUCCUGGCACAACUAGCAGCCCAAUUGAAGAAGAUAAGGAAACUUCAAAACCUGACGAAUAUAUCCCUGGCACAACAAGUAGCCCAGCUGAAGAAGAGAAGGAAGUUUCUAAACCCGGCGACGUAGUACCUGGCACUACAAGCGGCCCAACUGUAGAAGAAAAAGAAAGUUCUAAGCCCGAACAAUUAACUACACGUAGUCCUUUGGAGGAAGAACAAAAGUUAACCACUGAACCGGAUCAUGGUGAAAAUACCGUUGUAAUUGCAGACGAACAAAGUACGCCUCAUGCACACCUUUCUUCUACCACACUCGCGGUGUCAUCCGUUGAAGAAGACAAAACUACAAAACCUGCCGUGGAACAACAAACAGACAAAAUAACUAAGGAAGACGUGGUGACCCAACACGAAGAUUUUGCUACAGAAUCGAUAACAAAAGAUUCCGAAACUACUGCAGAGCCUGACCGAGGAAUGAACACUAUUCCUGAAGACAUUCACGAAGACGCAACCAAAGUACCAGUCCAUUCACAAAGCGUAGAUAAAACGCCUACAACAGUCUCUGAAAUUACAACAGGUCAUCUGGAUAGUACGAUUACCAGAGGUGAUCAGUCAACUGUCACAACUGAACCAUCAUUUAGAAAGGAAGACGAAAUAGUUUCAACAGAAAAAUCUAAAGAAUUUGGAUCAACUACAAUCAAACCAGAGUUUGUUGAUGAAGGACUCAUUCCGACAUCGGCACAUGACGAGAAAACUGUUACAAGUUCUGAUCUUCCAGCAAUCGAAGAUGAGUUUACCACAUCAGUUCCAGAAUACAUAACAGAAAUAAUAGAAACUUCGGAGCCUAAGCAAACAACAACGGAACCAACCAGGGUUAUAUCGUUGGUAACUGAAAUGUUACCCGAGAAAACAUCUGAACAAGAUAGUAGCGCAACACCUACUACAGAGAAGUCAUCAGAUAUCACCGUUGGUAGUGAAGAUAUCCAUGAAGAAUCUAGUCGCAUACCAGGUGAAGGCGAUUGUCUACUUAAUGGUGUAACAUACAGAAAUAAUACUGUAGUACCUAGCACAAACAAUUGUCAUACGGGUUGCCGAUGCGCUAGCAGUAUUAUCAAGUGUGAUCCCAUAAUUUGCAGUCCACCACCUGACUAUAUGGACAAUUGCCAAUCUAUUUACGACUCGCCUGAUUCUUGUUGUCCAACAUUUGUGUGUGACCAUCCGCGAGAAACGGUACCACCGCAGUCAGACAACCAAAUGUCAGGAACAGAAUCUCCUAUACCUUCUCCCACCAUUGAAUGCCGUGGUGAUCAAUGCGAACUUAGUGAACCAACAAAACAACCAACUGGUUCAUCAGAACCUUGUACUUCUGAUAAUUGCAUUAAUGAAGAUGAUCAUAAAACUGAUAUUCAAUGUGAUUCGGAAGGUUGCAAAGGUGUUGAACAUAAACCUGACGAAUUACCGUCUAAGGAGUGUCCUGACGGUAACUGCAAAUCACAAGACUGUGCUUACGGAAAAUGUACGUUGCCACAAACUGAUGAGCAAGUAUCUCAACAAGCAUGUAAACCAGGAGAAGAGUGUAAAGAGGUACCUACCAUUGUUGCACCUUGCGAAGGAGAAUUAUGUAACAAAAUUGAUUGUGGUCCUAAUGGUUGUGAUCAAAGCAAUAUUGCACCUCAGCCUGACCAACAACCCGAAUUGUGCAAUAAAGAAGAGGGUUGCAAACCUCAAGAUAUUCCUACUUCUGACUGUACUGGAGAUGAACCUUGCAGAAGGAAAGAAGUUUCAGAUAAUAGCGAAAAUCUACCAAGUGCUUGUGAGGGCCCUAACUGUGUCAUUGAAAAGGAGACUACUGUUGCUGAAGGUACUGAAUUGAGUACUGAAUCACCAAAAACUGAAAAAUCGCCAACAGACGAAAUUCUGACGCCAAGCACAACCGAAAAGACAAGCGAAGAUAUUGGACAAGAACAACCUGUCACUGAAUAUGAAUCUACGAAGAAACCAACAUCAAAAGAAGAAAUGGCCGCUGAAACACCGGCUUCUACCGAAAAGAAUCAACCCACUACUGAUGAAGAUAGUAAAGAAAGGCCACACGAAAAAACUGAAGACCAAGGUGCAGACAGCAUAAGUACACCCACCGUAACUGAUGACAAUGAAAAUAAACCUGAUGUUACUGAAAAAGAAGGCACAGAAUUACCCACUACUGCUAGUGAAGCAGACACAGAGAAAUCAGUUAUCAUUGACGAAGCAAGCACAAAGAAACCCGUUAUUGAUGAAGAAAAAGAUACAGACAUCCCUUCAGUUAUAGAUCAAGAAAGUACUGAUAUGCCACCUGUUGUAAAUAUAGAGACAGAAAAACCAUCACUGAUCGACGAUAAAGAUAAACCAAUUGAUACAGAAAAAGAUACAACAGAGCCAUCAGUAAGUACAGAAAAAAUCAUUGCAGGAGAUGAUGAAGGAAAAGUAAAACCCUCAGAUGAUGAAGAUAAGAAUGAACAAAGUGAAAUUGAUGUCAGAGAGAGAGAACCUGAUCUUACUGAUAAAGAAAGUACAGAUAAACCAGCAGCUGAAACAAUAGCUGCCGAGACCCCUGAUAUUACAAUGCAAGAAACUACUACAAGAGUAGCUGUAACAGGUGAGGAAGACAAAGAAAUAACAAAGGCACCGAUUGAUCUUGGCGAAAAUGAUAUUGAAACAUCUACUUUUAUUGACAAAGACGGUGCAGAUAAAGAUCUCACACAAAAACCAGCAUCAGAAGAAGAAAAUAAACAUCCAGAUUUAAUAGAUACGGAACCUUUAGAAGAAGACAAAAAAGAAAUAGUCCACGUUGAACAUGAAAGUACAGAAAGACCAGUUACUGAUUCUAUACUUUCUGGUGAAACCCCUUCGACCCCAGCACAGGUUGAAGAAGAAAAGAGCACAGAAAGUCCAUCCGUACCUUCAGAUAAACCUAGUUACGUGAAUGAAGAUAAUGAGAAAUCUUCAUUAGAGGAAAAAGAAAACGAAAAGAAACCUAUAGAUAGAGAAAGUACAGAACUACCACUCGAUAUAAGUUCAGAAAAACCAGUUGAAGGUGAUGAAGAAAAUAAAGAAAAACCAAUUACCAACGACACUGAUCAAAAACCUAUAGAUACGACUGAAGAACAAACAAUGAAACCAUUCACUGACGGUGAAAGUACUGCAUUACCUGACUUUACUGAAAAAGAAAGUACAGAUAAACCAGUCAUCAUUGAUGAAGGAACAGAAGAACCUGCUGUUAUUGAAAAAGAUACAACAAAACCCGAUUUUGCUGAAAAAGAAGAAACAAAGAAACCGGCCUUUGAGGAAAGUAAAGAUAAACCAGAUGUUACCGAAAAGUCUAUAGAAGAUCUUCCUGUAUCUGAAACGUACACAACAAGUAAACCUGUAAGAAUUGAUGGAGAAAACCAAGUAAAACCAGUAGAUGAAGUAGAUACUGAAAAACCUAUUCUAGUCGGAGAAAAUGAAAAACCUGUUGGAGAUAAGGAAGCAGAAAAAGAAAAACCUGUAAUUAUUGAUGAAGAUAUUACAGAUAAACCCAGUAUUGUUGACGUGAAAGUAACUGAUAAACCUAUAAUUCAUGAAGAAGAGGGCUCUGGUUCUGAUGGUCUCGAAGUCACGCCUGGCACAGAGGUUGAAAAGGAAGAGAAAUUACCUGAAACAUCUAUUGAAACAACUGAAGCAGCAAUGACUGAAGUAGAUAAAAUCACAAAGGCACCCGUUUAUGAGUCUCAAUCAACAGCUACCGAACUAAAUAUCGAAACAAUGGAUGUUAGCACAUCUACUAAAUCUCCUAUCAAACAAGUAUCAGAUUCCGAAGAAAAUAAAGUGACUGAUAUUCAUGAAACUUCCCAGAUGUCUGAAACCGCUACAGAAUCACGUUUGGAACAGGAACUUACUACUAGGUCACCAGUGUCCAUACAUGAAACGGUAACGACUGUCAAACAACAAGAACAAGAAUAUAGCAGCACGGUAGCACCAGACCUUAGCAGUGAAUCAUUAAGUACGAAAGCAACAGAGAUACAAGAAUCAUCAAAGCCUAUAGGUGAAGAAGAAGAUAUAUCCACGGAUUCGCCGGACAUCGAAACCACAUCGAUUAAACUUCCAGAAACUGGUCCAGUUAUUAUUGAACCACAAGACGGUUUUGACACUGAAUCACCAGAACUACAUAAACCAACCGAGGAAAGUGCAACUAAAGUUUAUGAAAAGGAUGAGGAUAAACUAACUCCAGAACCCCAUGUAACUGAAACAUCUACCUUACCUGUGAUCGAUACUUCUGAUAAAGAGUAUCAUGUCACUGUUGAAACCACACACGAUGAUGAAAGUAAAACUCAGCGUCCUGAUUUGGCCAGUUCUGAAAAGGAAGAAAUGAUCACAGAUUCUGUUACUGAGCCAAUUAGAACGUUUACUGAAGUCGAGGACCCGUCAGUCACUGGCCAAGGAGGUGUGACAACUGCGUACCCUGAAGACUCAACAAAACAUCGCUUACCUUCUGUUACUGAUAAACUAGAAGAAAAUGAUGUUGGUGCGACCAGUUCCGACAAGCCCCUUACAAUAGACACGGAUACUGAAGAGGCCGAAAUGCCUGUUACAAAAACACCUGAACACAUGCAAGAAGUAGAAAAAGAAAAACCAACAACAAGUGAAUUUGAAUUACCUACGACGGAAAAGACUCUUAUUACGGAUUCUCAAGAAAUUUCUCAUAUCCCUGAAGAGGUUACAACUAGAUUUGAACAGAAGACCACAGCUAUCCCAGAUCUUUCUGAGCAUAAACAUAAAGACACAACUUCACUUGAAUCAGAAACUACUCAACAUUCAACUGAAGAAUUAACCAAAAUUUCUGAAUAUGUGACAGAGCCUUACGUUACAGAAGUUAAAGAAACAAGCACAAAGUCGGAAGAGAAAGAUGUGAUACAUGCACAACCUGAUGAAGAAAUUGAGCACGAAACAAAAUCACCAGAGCCAAUGCCCACACACGAUGUGGACAAGAAGGAACCAUCAGAUACAGAAAUAGAAAAACAACCCACUGAACAACCAUUAGUAGAAAUAAAUGUCCAAACUGAAAUGCCUAGUGUGCAAGUCACAAGCGAAGUUCCCCAAUCGCUUGUUACUGAACAAAAAGAAACAAUUAACGAACAAAUGACUGUGGCAAGCAUACCGAAAGAAGAAUCAACACAAAAACCAGAGGUAAUGUCAACACAGUACGAAGAAAUUUCUAAAGUCCCAGAUGUACAUGGAGAACAUGACGUUCGUACAGAGGUACCAGUACAUAUAACCGAAUCUGUAGAAGCAAGCUCUAUGCCAACUGACCAGGAAAAAGAUGCUGUUACAGAAAAACAAGAUACUGCAACUACAUUGCGAGAAUCGCCUACUGUAACAGAAAAGGUUGAACAAACUGAAGUUACUAAGAUAACAGAACAUACAUCAGCUGAAACUGAUCAUUCGGAAACGACACCAUACUUAAUUGAAUUAGAAGAACACACACACAAGAUGGUAGACGACACAACGACGGCAUUACCUUUCGAUGAAGAACAUUCUUAUAAACCUGUAGAAGAUAUUUCAAAACCAACACCGUCCGAAGAUGAACACUCUGGCAAACCUGUAGUGGAACCCUCAGAAACAACGCCUUCCGAGGAGGAUCUUUCUAAUAAACCUAUAGAAGGUGUUUCAACAUCAUCGCCUACAGAAGAAGAACACUCAUACAAGCCCGUAGAAGAAGGAUCAACAUCUAUACCCUCUGAGGAAGAACACUCUUUGAAACCCAUUGAAGUUAUUACAACGUCAUUACCUACUCAAGAAGAACACUCCUAUAAACCCGAACAAGAAACAUCUACAUCUUCGCCUUCCGUAGACGAACAUUCUUACAAACCUGUAGAAGAAAGCUCAACAUUAUCAGCUACCGAUGAAGUGCAUUCUGAUAAGCCUGUAGAAGAAGUGUUCACGUCGUCACCUUCCGAUGAGGAGCACUCGUACAAGCCAGUAGAAGACACUUCAUCAGUCUCACCCUCUGUCGAAGACUUUACAGUAAAGAUUGAGGAGCACAUCACUACAGCAUUACCCUCCGAAGAAAAACUUACAACUGAACACCAAGAGAGUAGCAGAGAACCUGAAGUCACUGAAUUGCCCACUAAGGUGACUGAUGAAGUAGAAACCCACACCAAAUCCAGUGAAGUACCUCAAGAUAUAUCUGAAAAGGUAACAGAAUCAGUACCGGCCGAUGAAACUACACCAGCUGCGGCUAAAGAUGAGGAUAAAUAUGAUGCUGACCACAAAGAAUCUACAACAUCGGCUCCUAUUGAAAUUACAGAAGAAUCUAGUUCACCUGCAGUUGCCACUGAGUCCGAAAAAUUACCCUCUUCAGAAUCAGACAACACUGCGCCAACUGAAAAAGAAAUCGCUGCUACCGAAAAACCAUCCCCUCCGAUUGCAUCCCAAGAAACCACAAAACCGGAAGAAAUUGUAUUCUCAACUACAAAAGCCACAACUGUACGCGAAGGAGAUGAAUUUGAUGACAAGUUUGACAAACCUGAGGAAAAGCCUGUUGAAACUAGCGAAAACCUUCCAUCAAGCACUACAACAGAAACUUCGAAACCAAGUGUCCCCGACUUACAAUCUACAGAUGAAUUACCAAGUCCAGGCGAAGACGAUCAUUUCCCACCUGGAACUGGCCCUGGUGGAUACGGUGAACCUGACUACGUCGAAGAGGAUCAAGCCUUUGGACCAGGAACUUGUCGUUACGGAGGAAAAGUAUACGUUUCAGCACAACAGAUACCAAGAGAUGACCCAUGUGAUUUCUGUUUCUGCUUCCGAAGUGACAUCAUCUGUUUACAACAAAGUUGUCCACCUCCUAUUCACGGAUGUCAUGAAGAACCCAUUCAAGGUUUCUGCUGUCCUCGAUAUGAAUGUCCCGUAUCAAUGGCAACCACAGUCAAUGUUACAACCACUACUACUACGACAACGACGACACUGCCUCCUCAUUUCCCCACUCACUCAUACAAGGGGGCGGCUCAGAGAAGAGGCUGUCAAAUAAAAGGACAUACGUACAAAGUAGGAGAAGUAGUGCGCUCAUCAUCAGGACCAUGUUUACACUGCACAUGUGGAGGAGACGGUCAGAUGAAAUGCGAUCCUAAAGCGUGCACACCAGAGCCAAUGUUACGACAAAUGAUAGCUGCAGCUGUGUCCGCGAAGCGGCGAAGGUGAAGAUCUUCGACAGCAUCGGCAACUGUCUCGCACACGCCAUCACUGGGAUGAAGCACCUAUGUGAUAAAUAAUUUCAUCUACUCUUCUAAGCACAAGAAUAAUGCUCAACUCAAAUUAUCCCCAUGGAGUAGUUUAAGAUUUCGUGUCAUAUGUAGUAAUCUAUGUUAUUGAUUUUUUUUACUUUUCCAUAAAUGUCGUGGCACGCGCAACUCAAUUAUUAAGGAAAUAACCGAUCAUGACUGUGAUUAAAAUAUUAUAAAUUUUAAUAUUAAUUUCUGAAACUAAAAUUUUAUGAAUUUUGAGUCUUCAAUUUAGGGCUAAUUUAUUUUAUUAUUUAUCUUUUCUAACAAAAGUCAGUGCCAAACGAUAGUGCUAAGUUGUAAACGACUAGGCCUUUAUGAUAAAAGUUCAAAAUUAUCAAAUGUCACUCAUAAAUUAAAAUUCAUAUUGACCAAAGCGAAGCUAAUAAUAUACUAUCAAUAAAAUAUAUUUCGACCAAUAUCAAGCUUCAAAGGUCAUUUAGAUCGCCGAAAUCUUGACCAUUUUAUAUGUAAACUUAAUUGUUUUACCGAUUUAAGCUUAGUCAAUUUCUUUGUUUUUACACGAUGUUACAGAAACCGGUCUAGUAUCGUGUAAAUAUGAAGUUAUCUUAAGGAUCCCUGAUGUUGUAAAUGCCUUACUUAAUUUGUAAUAAUUUAUAUAUUUUAGGUGUAUAGUACUUAAGCCAUGUUUUGAGACCAGUGACUAUUAUAAUUUUAGAAGUAAAAAGGCCGUUUACUAUAAUGAGAAAAGCACCGGUCGACGUGUUAUCCUUGGCCGGUGCUUUUCCUUCUUUCACGUCUUACAGAAAGUGACUGUCCUUGUUUUCUUUAAUUCGUGGAAGACGCGUGAUUUUUACUAGCACUUGCUCAGUGAUAGUGGCCAAUAUUUUAAUCGUUUUGUAAAAACUUUACAAUAUGAUUACACGAGAAGCAUAUUGUAGGAUCUUUUGUAACUUUUGAUAUUAAAGUGCUGGUAGGUUUAUAAAUAAAACAGAUCGAGAUGGGUACGAAAGUUCAGUAGACUGUUGCGACCGCUUGGCACCCAGGAGGUGCAAAGCGUCUGCUCGCAUUAAUUCGUACCAACCUUCAUCUGUACGCAAGUUGUAGUUAUAUUUCUUCUUAUUUAUUUAAAGUCGUAGCAAUAGAAGUAUUGGUCAAAAAAUUAUUGUGAAUUGAAUAUUUCACCAUUUUUUUAAAAGAAAUACAUUCAAUCGCAACAAAGUAUUUCAUUGAAAUCAUAUAUUAUUUGUUUAUGAUAUUUUACCAAGACUAGCGACGAUCUAGCUGUCUGUACAACUGUGCGAAUGAGUUUUGAAUAAAAUAUUUCAAAUGAAAA